AUGGUGAUGGAUAAAGACGAAAAAAAUUCAACAAGAGAUCGUGUUCAGUGCCUUUUCAACAAGAAUGUUGAGUUGGAGAACAAGCGGAGAAAAGCUGCUCAGGCCAGGAUCCCUUCAAAUCCUAACACAUGGCAGAAUAUGCGUGAAAAUUAUGAAGCAAUUGUCCUUGAAGACCAUGCUUUUUCCGAACAGCAUGAUGUAGAAUAUGCUCUGUGGCAAUUGCAUUAUAGGAGGAUUGAGGAACUAAGGGCACUCUUCAAUGCAGCUCUUGCUUCUGCAGGAUCUCAAAAUGGGAAAGGUCCUGUUCGUCCCGGACCUGAUCGGCUCACGAAGAUCCGUUCCCAGUUUAAGACGUUUCUUUCUGAGGCAAGUGGAUUUUAUCAUGAUCUGAUGCUGAAGAUACGAGCAAAGUAUGGACUGCCAUUGGGAUAUAUUUCUGAGGAUUCUGAUAAUCAGAUUUCUAUAGCAAAAGAUGGAAAUAAAUCUUCAGAGGUGAAAAAAGGCUUGAUAUCUUGCCAUCGUUGCUUGAUUUAUCUGGGAGAUUUGGCACGUUACAAAAGCUUGUAUGGGGAAGGGGAUUCUAAAGCCCGGGAUUUUGCUGCUGCUUCUAGUUACUAUAUGCAAGCUUCUUCAAUCUGGGCUUCAAGUGGCAAUCCGCAUCAUCAGCUUGCUAUACUGGCUGGAUAUUCUAAUGAUGAGUUGCUGUCGAUUUAUCGCUAUUUUAGAAGCCUGGCAGUUGAGAACCCUUUCAUUACGGCCAGGGAUAACUUGAUCAUUGCUUUUGAGAAGAAUCGUCAGAAUUAUACUCAAUUUCUUGGUGAUGCUAAGACUGCUACCAUGAAGACGACACCUCCAAGGGUUCCUGGGAAAGGAAGAGGCAAAGGGGAAACAAGGUCUUCUUUCAAAGAUUGUAAGACUGAGUCUAACAUAGUUAAGAAAAAAGCAUCGAAUAAUUUUGAGUUACUCAAAGCUUUUGUGACGCGGUUUGUGAGGCUGAACGGCAUUCUCUUUACUCGCACGAGCCUGGAGACAUUUGCCGAGGUGUUCUUAUUAGUUAAAAGUGAUUUGUUGGAGCUUCUUUCUUCUGGGCCUCAGGAGGAAGCCAAUUUUGGUUCCGAUGCUGCUGAGUGUAGACUUGCAACUGUCAGGAUGAUUGCUAUGCUAAUAUUUACUGUGCAUAACUUGAACAGGGAAAGCGAAAGCCAAUCUUAUGCCGAUAUACUACAGCGUUCAGUCCUGCUUCAAAAUGCCUUUAGUGCAACCUUUGAAUUUAUGGGCUGUGUUCUUGAACGAUGUAGCCAGUUAUCUGAUCCCUCAUCGAGCUACUUAUUGCCUGGGAUUAUGGUUUUUGUGGAGUGGCUUGCCUGUCAUCAGGAUGUAGCAACCGGGAGUGAAAUGGAGGAGAAACAGGUGAACGCCAGGUCCUUCUUUUGGGACAAGUGUGUCUCAUUUCUCAACAAGCUUUUGUCAAGUGGGUAUGUAUAUGUCGCUAAAGAUGAAGAUGAAACAUGUUUUUCUAACAUGAGCAUGUAUGACGAGAGCGAGACUGCCAAUCGUCUGGCGCUGCCCGAGGACUUCGAGUUGAGAGGGUUUCUUCCUCUUCUUCCGGCCCAACUCAUUCUAGAUUUUUCGAGAAAGCACUCAAUUGGUGGGGAUGGAGGUAGCAAAGAAGGGAUGGCCCGAGUUCAGAGGAUCAUUGCAGCUGGAAAAUCUCUUGCAAACAUUGUCCGAAAUGGCCAGGAGAGUGUAUAUUUCGACACUAAGGAGAAGAAAUUUGUGUUUGGUGUUGAGCCUCUGGAUGUUGAUGAUUAUUUACUGGAAUCCAGUUUGACCGUUAGCUCGGUAGACAUUUCUGUGGGGUCCCAAAUGACAUCAAAGACAAAGAUGGGUUUGGAGGAUGAGGAUGAGGAUGAGGUGAUUGUUUUUAAGCCGCCAAUUACUGAGAAGCAUAUUGAUGAUUUCACUUCAACUUAUACUACUUUAGGGGUUCCGUCUCCGGUUGUUGGGUUUGGCGAUAUUAACUCGAGGAACGAGAACAGGUCCUCUGUUGCAAAUGAUAGUCUUCUCUUACAGGGUCCAUUGAGUUCGAGCUUGAGACUUUCCAACACUGUUGCUAACGGCACUCCACACUAUCCGCAAUCAGUGCAGCCCGACGUGUUGAAUUGGCCUGUUGAACACAAUCCCAUCAUGAAUAAUCUGGCCAACUUAAAUUUAGUGGAAAAUGGAUCCCAACUGAAAUUGGAGCUGAAAGAAAUGUUUGGAGUCUCUCAACCAACUUCCAUUUCCAUUCCCUACCCCCAAUUUGUUAGUACUGGAAGUAGCCAAAAUCAUUCCAUUCAGAUUCCUCAAGCUACCAUGCCUUCAAAGUUUGAUUCAAUUGUAACCUCUGGAGUAGAUGGACAAUCCGCGAAAAUAUCUACGAACAUGCCACCGGGUCAAAAGAAGAAUCCUGUGAGUCGACCAGUAAGACAUUUUGGUCCACCACCUGGUUUUGGUUCCUUCCCAUCAAAAGCUGCCGAAGAGAUAUUGUACAACACAGCCUUGAAAAACGAAAAUCGCCCAACUGUACCGAUGGAUGACUACAGCUGGCUGGAUGGAUACCAGUUGUCCUCAGCAAAUCAAAGUGUUGGAUUCAGUAGUUCAAUGAAUCUUGUUGGGCCAAAUGGAUUCCCUUCUGCGACCCAGAGAAACAGUGAAAUGGAGACUACAGCAUUUCCUUUCCCUGGAAAGCAAAUUUCGAAUGUGCAAGUUCAGAGUGAGAAGCUUAAAGGUUGGAAUGACCAAUUUGGAGGGCAUAUGAAGCAUCUAUCUGGGAAGGUCGUUUCUUCGUGUGAGAUGAUCAAGAGUAGACGUGGAAGGUUGUGA